AGAUGUGUGACAAGCCUGCGAGGACGACAUCCCAGGAAUUCGAUUUCAGGUGCCUCAAAAUGGAGAAGGCUUUGAAAAGAAUUCAUCCAGUUUCUGAUCCAGAAGCAACGUAUUUUCUACAAGUGUCAUGGGAACAAGAUUUACGCACUGGCUUUGUUAUAAUUCUUAGUGAUGCUCAGCAUGCGUGGACUGGGACAGUUUCUGAAGCUGAAAUUUCUCAGGAAGCUGCUGAUAUGGAAAUGGAUAGAGAAAAAUAUGUUGAGGAACUGAAGAAAGCACUGAUACUUGGAGAAGAAUCAGCUGACAAAUAUAACUUUGUUAUUGCUAGAAGUGAAGAAGAGGCAGAGUGUCAUUUCUCCUAUGAAAAAAAUCUGAAAGAUGUUUCUUUUAGACUGGGGUCUCUGAAGCUGCAGAAGGUCUUGAGGCCAGCUGAAGUGAUUAAAGAGUUGAUUGCUCAUUGCCUGGAUCGCUUGGAGGGGCUGCAGGCGAAAAAUGAGCACCUGCAAAAGGAAAAUGAAAAUCUCUUCUGUGAUUGGAGUGACAUGGAGAAACGACUUGAAAAAUGUGUGGAAGCUAAAGAAGAACUAGAAGCAGAUCUCUAUAAUCGGUUUAUUCUAGUGCUGAAUGAAAAGAAGGCAAAGAUAAGAAACUUACAGAAGUUGUUGCAUGAAGCUAAAGAAUUCGCAGCAGAUGCACCACGUAGAAGCGAUAGCACUGCUACAAUUGAAACGGCUCCAGAGAGAGGCAAGGAGUAUGAUGGCAGCACUGAUGAGGAAAGUGAAAAUUUAACACAGUCCUCAUUACCAGCAGCAGCUAAACAAAGGGACUCCGUACUGAGUAGCCCAGAUGUUGUCGAUGUCGCUCCAACACGAAAGAGAAGGCAGAGGAUAGGAAAACCUGCUGGUACAGGAGCGAAAGUGGCAGCUUAUGAGACAGAACUCCCAGCAAAGGAAAAACCUGAUCUUGCCUCGCAGAAGACAUCAGACAAGCAUUCCCCGGAUCCGAUGUCUCUUGAAACACUGGAAAACACUUGUGAGCCAGAGGACCUUUUUGAUGACAUCUAACUGUUUUUUGGCUGAGAAACUGAGAGGAUAGAGCGACUACUAGACACAAGCUGUAAAACUUAGAAGG